AUGCUACCCGUACAGGCUCAGAGAGAAAACGGCAUUGAGGCAACCUGGUCGGGGAGACCCACUCGAAAUGACGCCCCAUUUGCAAGACAUGUUGGUAUCCGCCCACCCUCAAACGUGCAGGCGACGUACAGUAUGAAUGGCAUGGUGUUUUCAGAUCGCUGCCUGGACCGUUGCCAAGAACUUGCUGUGGAAUGCAAAGAGCGUUCUGCUCAGUUAGCGACGAUAGAGGUAGAACGGCGAUGUCAACUUGAGGAAAUGGCAAAGUUUUCAGAACAUGUAAAGGCAAAAGUGGAUUAUCUACAUGCGUUAGGGAGGCAAAUAUCCGGUGCUCUUGCGGAAGAAUUAAGGAGAAAUAAAUACUUGAGAGAAACUGCAGCACAACGAAGAUAA